AUGGAAGGAGAUCUAGAAGAUAGUGAUACAGAUUCUUCCGAGGAUAAGGCAAAUCAUCUAAGGAAGAUAGAUAUAAAAAAGGAGGAUAUAGAGGAAGCUCUUAAGAAGAGAGUGGUAUGUGUUCUUCCUCAUUUUUCCUCAGAUAUUUCCCGCGGUCGCAAAUUAGCCACGGUCCCCUUACCUAGUUCAUUAAUACCAGUCCUCAACGCCGCGAAGCCUUUCUAUCUUUACAAUCUAAAUCUUCCUAAACUAACCGAGCUCUAG